AUGGAGAACCCGGUGCCAGCAAAGGAGGACGACGAGGAACAACGACGGAAAGAAGAUGUCGCAUGGGCAGAAGCUGGAUCAUCGUUGAGGAGGGUGAAGAGAGGUAAACUUCGAUCAUCGAAUCAUGUGUCAAUAAAGGAGGGAAAGUACAUCAACUAUUAUAGCAGCUACUUUUUCAAUUUCAUACCAAGCAGUUUAAAGUCUGUUCCACUUACUGAUAUCCUGGAAGUUCGAGCUGGAUACAACACUGACAAUCUUCAUCGUGCCGCAAAACAAUACGUCUUCCAAGAGGCAGCACCGGAGUCGACGUGUUUUUCGGUUAUUUUCACUCAUGUCAAGUUUCUGCACAAGUCAGUGGAUUUUGCUGCAAGCAGUAAAGAGGAUCGCGACAGAUGGGUCUCUGCGCUUAGCUACCUAAUUUCGAAGGCAAAAGAGCAAAGAGCACAUUUCAAUGAAAAAGCUUGGAUCAUUGAGAAGUUUCACCAAGCUGACACUAACAAAAAUGGAACUCUAAGCUUCAACGAGGUCUGGUCUCUCCUCAAAAAAAUGAAUCUACAAAUCAGUGAAAAGUACGCCAAGGCAUUAUUCAAGGAGUCAGAAGAGAAAUCCACUCGUGAUGGGGUUUUGGACGAGAAUGAGUUCCUGAAUUUCUUUGAUAAAUUAACAGACAGACCAGAGUUGAACCAUUUGCUGCGGAUGGCAAGCAGUGAAGGGGUGGAAAGCCUCACAACCGCCGAUCUACAAAGAUUCCUCACCGAGGAACAAGAUUUCCACAAUGUCGAUUCGAAAAAGGCUGAGUCGAUUUUGGAGACGUUCGAGCAAAUUUUGCAGGAUAAACAGCAAGAAAAGUUGAUGGGCAUUAUUGGAAUUCGACGACUUCUUCAAUCUCGAUGGGGAAAUAUUCUGAAGGAAGGCCAUGAAGCUGUAUGGCAAGAUAUGGAUCAACCGUUGCCACACUACUUUUGUAACUCCAGUCAUAAUACGUAUCUGGCUGGACUACAAUUGAGAGGAGAGGCCACCGUCGAAGGCUACAUCUACGCCUUGAAAAAGGGAGCUCGUCUUCUCGAACUAGACUUGUUUGAUGGGGAGCACGGAGAGCCAGUGAUUACACACAAACGAACCCUGAUUGAUCCCAUAACCCUAAGAAACGCUCUCGAGGCUAUCAAACGGUAUGCUUUCGAAACUAGUCCCUAUCCAGUAAUUCUCACGAUUGAAAACCACGUCGGUCUCGUUCAACAAAGGGUCAUGGCAAGUGUUUUCGAGGAGGUUCUAGGCGAUCUCCUUUACCACCCACCUCCGAAAUCGGCGCAACUUCCAUUACCAAGCCCGAAUAAGUUGAAGAAAAAAGUUUUGCUAAGAGGUAAAAAGCUUGGAGAAAGCGGUGACGUUCCUGACGAUGGAGAUGAAGAAGACUCUCCAACAAAAGCAAAGGCUCCUCACGCCCAUAUUUCUCUAGAUCCAGCAUUCUCAGCCUUAAUUUCGCUUCCUUCGGUGAAACUGUCCCACAACAUCUACGCCGAUAUCAAGACACAUCCUAAGGACGGCUCUGCAUCAUUAUCUGAAAGCAAGGUCGCAUCGCUGUAUGAUGGAGGAAGCCCUAUUUUUUCAUACACUGCAGGAAGAUUCGUGAAGAGCUAUCCGAAGGGUCUUCGUCAAGAUUCCUCGAAUAUGCAUCCGGUACUUUCGUGGUUAUGCGGCAUCCAAAGUGUGGCUAUGAAUAUGCAAACUGCUGGAGAGGAGCUCGAUCUGAACGCCGGUCUAUUCCGUGUGAACGGAAAUUGCGGAUACGUUCUAAAACCUGAAAUACUUUUACAGGGAAUAGAUCCACGAAGCAUCAUCAAACCGAAGGUAAAACUAGGAAUUGGAAUAAUAAGUGCUCAAUAUCUGCCCAAAUCUGCGCCCGGAAAAGAUAUUGUGGAUCCAUACGUGUCGAUUCAAAUAUUUGGAGUGCCCAGGGACGAAUGUAAGAUGAAAACAAAAACAAUUGAAGAUAAUGGGUUUAAUCCGGUCUGGAAUCAGUCUUUCGAAAAAGACCUUUACUGUCCUGAGCUGGCAAUAGUUCGUUUCUGUGUGAAAGACUUUGAUUCGACUACAAGCAAUGACUUUAUUGGGGAAUUCUCGAUUGCAGUUUGUAACAUAAGAAAAGGAUACUCUCAGAUACGUUUGAAUACCGGAUUCCAGCACGUUGCUGAUGAUUGUGCAUCUCUUUUCGUUCGCAUUGCUCUUGAUCCUUUGUAA